AGAAAGGCAGCAGCAGCGGUUUCAGGGAGCACAGAAGAAAGGAGAGCAAAGAGCAGAAGCAGAUGCCACGCACGCCAUGCCGAGCAAAGCCGCUCUUGAAUCCCUUGACGGAUUGAUCUUUUCUCAAGAAUAGUCUUUCUGAGGUGAGACGAACGUGGAGCAGAGGCAGCGAGCAAGCAGCAGCAGAGGCAGAAGAAUACACGAACGUCAGUGACGGUAUGCUGCAUGAUAUGUCGUUGCCUGAUCUCUGUCUGCAGGCAAGGCAUGUCUUUGGAGGCCUACAUCGGCAGCCGUCUUCACGACCUGCUGGGCUUCUCGUCUCAGAGCGUCGUUCAGCUCUUCGCCGACUGCAGCAGGAAUGCAUCCUCACUCCAGCACCUCAAGCAAGACCUCAUCUCCGCCGGCGUCGACCGACCCGUCGUCGACGCCAUCGCAUCCGACUUCUAUACCAGGCUGCACGAACCACCACCACCGCCCAAGCGACCCGCAUCAGCAGCGGCAGCAGCGAGUGACCAGGAUGACCUCGAGAGUGCCGCCAAGAGGCCGCGCGUCGGCGACAAGGCCAAUGGGGAUGCGUCACCGUCCCAGCCCCCUCCCGACGACCCGCCUCUCGACGCCGAGGCCGCCCGUCUACGCGAUAUCGAGGAGCGCGAUGCCCUGGCCAGGCGGAUCCGCGACAGGGACGACGAGAAGACCAAGAAGCUGGGUCAGCAGGUGCAUGAGAUGUCGACCGAGCUGCGUGACGCCUCCCUGAGGGAAGACCCUGACGCCAUGGAUCGGCUGCGUGAGGUGGCGCGGCGUCAGUACCUCAAGAAGCGGGAGGACCGGCAGAUCGAGCUGGCCGAGCGGGAGCUGGCGGACCGCGAAUGGAUGUACCAGGGAGUCAAGAUCACCGACAAGGAGAAGCGCGACCUGGAGCUGCAGCGCCAGACGCUCGAGGCGGCCAAGCGGCUGCGCGACGAGCGGGCCAACCGCGGCCAGACGGACGACUACGUCAUUCCCGAGGCGUACGACGAGGACCAGGACAAGCGCAUGGGUGUCCUGUCGACGCGCUACCAGGAGGAGAAGAGGCCCGAGACGGAGCAGGAGAUAUGGGAGAGGCAGCAGACAUCGGCUGCCGUCGCUCACUUCGGCGCCAAGAGGGGCAAGGACAGCAGGCAGAAGAAGUACGACCUCGUCGUCGACUCGAUCGACUUCGUCAGCUUCGAUGGCGACAUUGCCUCGGAGCUCAAGCGUGAGGAGGAGCAGGACGAGGAGGAGGCCGCCCUGUCGAUCAAGGAGAGGAAAGCCAGGUCUCUGCAGGAGGACCGCCAGUCCCUCCCCGUCUACCGAUACCGCGACGAGCUGCUCCGUGCGAUCCGGGACAACACUGUGCUGGUGGUGGUGGGCGAGACGGGGUCCGGCAAGACCACCCAGAUCCCCCAGUAUCUCUACGAGGUCGGCUACGGCAAGAGCGGCAUGAUUGGCUGCACGCAGCCGCGGCGCGUGGCGGCCAUGUCGGUGGCGGCCCGCGUGGCGCAGGAGAUGGGCGUCAAGCUGGGCCACGAGGUGGGGUACUCGAUUCGCUUUGAGGACUGCACGACCGACAAGACCAUCAUCAAGUACAUGACGGACGGCAUGCUGCUGCGAGAGCUGCUGGGCGAGCCCGACCUCAAGAGCUACAGCGUCAUGCUCGUCGACGAGGCCCACGAGCGCACCCUCCACACCGACGUGCUCUUCGGCAUCGUCAAGGACCUGGCGAGGUACCGAGACGACUUCAAGCUCAUCAUCUCGUCGGCGACGCUCGACGCCGAAAAGUUCAGCGAGUACUUUGACGAGGCGCCCAUCUACCGGAUCCCCGGCCGGCGGUACCACGUGCAGGCCUACUACACCAAAGCGCCCGAGGCCAACUACGUGGAGGCCUGCGUGGUGACAGUGCUGCAGAUCCACACCACCCAGCCGCUGGGCGACAUCCUGGUGUUCUUCCCCGGUCAGCAGGAGAUCGAGGAGGCCAUGGAGGCCCUGCAGGUCCGCACACGCGGGGCGGGGUCGGCCAUCGGCGAGCUCAUCAUCCUCCCCAUCUACGCCAACCUGCCGUCCGACCUGCAGGCCAAGAUCUUUGAGCCCACCCCCCCUGGCGCCCGCAAGGUGGUGCUGGCCACCAACAUAGCCGAGACGAGCAUCACCAUCGACAACAUCGUCUAUGUCAUCGACCCCGGCUACUGCAAGCAGAACACCUACAACCCCAAGACCGGCAUGGAGUCGCUCGUGGUGGUGCCCAUCUCAAAGGCCUCGGCCAACCAGCGGAUGGGCCGGGCGGGGCGCGUCAAGCCCGGCAAGGCCUUCCGCCUGUACACCAAGUGGUCCUACGAGAAGGAGCUCGACGACAACAACGUCCCCGAGAUCCAGCGGACCAACCUCGGCAAUGUGGUCCUCAUGCUCAAGAGCCUCGGCAUCGACGACCUUUUGCACUUCGACUUCAUGGACCCCCCGCCGCCCGAGACGCUGAUCAAGGCGCUGGAGCUGCUGUACGCCCUGGGGGCGCUCAACGACAAGGGGGAGCUGACCAAGCUCGGCCGGCGGAUGGCGGAGUUCCCUCUGGACCCCAUGUACUCGAAGAUGGUCAUCCAGUCUGAGAAGUACAAGGUGGUGGACGAGGUGGUGACGAUAUGCGCCAUGCUGGGCGUGGGGGCCGCCAUCUUCUACCGACCCAAAGACAAAGCCAUACACGCCGACAACGCCAGAAAGAACUUCUUCAGACAAGGUCAGUCAGCCAGGGUCAUCCAGGCAGCCAGGCAGUGACGGUCUAAGCGCUCACACCACACCACACCCCUCUCCCUUUCAUCAUUCACCUCUGUCUGUGUCAUGUCAUGUGUGUGUAGGUGGCGACCAUCCGACGUUGCUCAACGUGUACAAGCAGUGGGAGGACACAAACUUCAGCAUCCAGUGGUGCUUCGAGAACUUCGUGCAGCACCGCUCCAUGAAGCGCGCCCGCGACAUCCGCGAGCAGCUCCUCGAGCUUCUCGAGCGCGUCGAGAUCGAGCCGCUGUCUUCGCCCAACGAGCUCGACGGCAUGCGCAAGGCCAUCACCUCGGGCUUCUUCACUCAGGCGGCCCGCCUCAACAAGUCGGGCAGCUACGCCACGCUCAAGCACCCCCACACAGUCGAGAUGCACCCACAGAGCAGUCUGUUUGGCUGCCAGCCGGCCCCCAAGUGCGUCGUCUACACAGAGCUGGUCCUCACCACCAAGGAGUACAUGCGCAACGUCAUCGAGAUCAAACCCGAGUGGCUACGAGAGGUCGCACCCCACUACUACAAGGCCAGCGAAGUCGACUUCGCCGCCAAGAUGCCCAAGGUGCCCAAGGGGUCAGCAAUGGGGGCUGCAAGCAGCGCCAUCUAGACGGCAUGGAGGUGGGCAGGCAGAAUGAAUGAAUGAAUCGAUGGCUAAUGGAUGGAUGGCUUGUAUGGGCUUGGCUUGUUUGCGGGUUGGUUGGGUCGGUAGGUCGGCGGAAGACAGACAAGUCUGAUACGUGUGUGUCCCCGGUGGCUGGCGAGCAUGCCCUCUGUUUGGUCGUCGUGUCUGCCGGCCGGCUGUUUAUCUACUUCUCUCUGUGCACACACACACACACAUGCCGAUGGGUAUGGUGGAUGGGGUGAGUGUUUGGACAAGCGCGCCUGGACAUUGAUUCGCCUGUCACGUUAUGUGUGGGGCGGGGCGCCUGCCUGCCUGUCGGUGUCGAUUAAUCAAU